GUUGAUAUGUCCCUCCUUGUCUUUAUCCGCGAAUAUGCAAAACUUCAAGGCACAAAAUCAAUGUGUCAUGAAGGUGAUUGCGGUGUCUGUAUCGUAAGUGUAACAUUCAAGAACAAAACGAUAGCAGUAAAUUCCUGUCUUGUACCGGUACUAAUCUGUGACAAAUGGGAUAUUUAUACGAUUGAAGGUAUAGGAAACAAGUGUGACGGAUAUCAUACGUUUCAAGCAGUACUUGCUAAAAAAAACGGUUCGCUAUGUGGGUAUUGUUCAUCUGGCAUGGUGAUGAAUAUGUAUAGUCUCGGGAUUGGUACUUCAAAUUUAUCAAUGGAGCAAAUCGAAAAUUCAUUUGCUGGUAAUCUUUGUCGAUGUACUGGAUAUCGUGCAAUUUUGGAUGCGUUCAAGGGAUUUGCUACCGAUGCACCUCCAUCACUCGUGAAGGACGUUCAUGACAUUGAGGAGUCAUAUCAGAUUAAACCUUGCCGGAAAUUCGGAAUACCAUGCACACAAAGUUGCUACAAUAAGCUUUCCGAUGGUAAAACAAUGUUGAGCAUAAAACUAGAGGACGCAUCUUUCUACAAAGUUUCCACGAUCGAGACUCUAUUUACAUUAUUAAAUAACAAUCCACAGGCAACGUAUAUAUUAAAUGGAGGAAAUACUGCACAUGGUGUUUAUCCUUUGAGCAAAAAAGAUAUGUACAUUGAUAUAAACGAUAUUCCAGACUUCCAUCAGAUUUCAAAAACCGAUUUUGGUAUCGCAAUAGGAGGAGGUUUAACUCUUACUACUGCGUUACAGACCUUCCAAAAAUAUUCAAAUGAUACCGGAUUCAAAUAUCUAAAUCAAUUGGCUGAACACAUAGAAAUGAUCGCAAAUAUUCCCGUGCGAAAUAUUGGCACUAUAGCAGGAAAUUUAAUGAUAAAAUACGAGCACAAUGAGUUUCCAUCUGAUUUGUUUGUGAUACUAGAGACUGUCGAAGCUGAAGUACACAUCCUGCAAACCCCAUCUAAAAAGCUACGUCUUAAAUUAUGGGAAUUUUUAAAGAUGGACAUGCAUCAUAAAAUUAUCUCUAACAUUUUUCUAUUAUCACAUCGUGAUAACUACUACGUAUGCAGAUUUUAUAAAGUCAUGCCUAGAGCUCAAAACGCUCGCGCUCACGUCAAUGCCGGCUUUUUCUUCAAAAUCGACAUCGAUGGCAAAGUGUAUGAUUAUCCUAACAUUAUCUUCGGUGGCAUCAACAAGGACUUCAUUCAUGCAAGAAAAACGGAGCAAAUGUUACUGAAUAAAUCUGUUUUCGACAAGAAAGUGUUAGAGUCAUCCCUGCAAACGUUACAUAACGAGUUGCUCCUUGAUAAUGUGCCCCCAGAUUUUUCGCAAAAAUUUCAUAGCGUUCUUGCCGAAGGAUUACUUUACAAGUUUUUGUUAAGCAUCAAACCGCAAAAUGUAGAUGCUUUUUAUCGUAGUGGAGGCACCUUAUUAAAACGAGGCCUCUCUUCAGGUACGCAAGAAUACGAUACAAAUAUAAACUUAUGGCCAGUUAAUAAACCUAUGCCAAAAUUAGAAGCUCUUGCGCAGACAUCAGGCGAGGUCCAAUAUUGCAGUGAUCUGGGUCCAUAUCCUGGAGAAGUGUUUUGUGCUUUCGUCGUCGCCGAAAUCAGUAAAGGCCAGAUCGACAAAAUAGAUGCCGAUCAGGUUCUUCAAAUGAAGGGUGUAGUGGCAUUUUUCAGCGCCAAAGAUAUAGCGGGAAUGAAUUUAUGUAUUUCUGCCGCCAGCAAGUUAACGUUCUUACCGGAGAAUGAAAUACUGUUCGCCGAAAAAGAUGUUUUGUAUGCCGGCCAACCAGUCGGUGUAAUCGUCGCGGAGACGCAUAAGUUAGCGAAUGAAGCUGCAAAAUUGGUAGAAAUUACAUAUAAGGGACCUCCAAAAAAGGAACCGAUAAUAACUAUUGAUGAUGCUAUUAAUGCGAAUGAUAAAACUAGAAUGAGGCAAAACGCAUAUGUUCCAGCAAAGAAGAAAGGAACCGAUAUUCAACACGUGAUAAAGGAUGUUUUUCAAUUCGGUAGCCAAUAUCACUAUACUCUAGAGACUCAAUCCUGCGUAUGCAUUCCUGUAGAGAAUAGUAUGGACGUAUAUCCAUCAUCACAAUGAAUGGAUCUUAUUCAAGUAUCGAUCGCUAAUUGUCUUAAUGUCCGGAUCGCACAAAUAGCAGCUCAUACACUGGGAAUCGAUAUCGAAUUAAUCUUUGUUAAGCAAAGCAAUAAUUCAGUUGCAUUAAACAUGUCAACUACAGGACACGACAUUAGUACAGAAACCUGUGGAUACGUAACAAUCCAAGCUUGUACACAAAUUUUAAAGAGACUAGAACCGAUUAAAGAAAAAAUGAAAAAUCCGAAGUGGGAGGAUCUCGUUUUUAAAGCGUAUCAAGAAAGGAUUGAUUUAUACGCAAGUUAUAUGUUCGUAAGCGAAAUGGAAGAUACGUUGAAGUCCUACCCUGUUUACGGUGUUACCAUUGCCUAAGUGGAAAUCGAUGUGCUGACCGGUCAACACGUUGUCAGGAGAGUUGAUUUGAUGAUCGAUGCUGGUGUAAGCUUGAAUCCAGAAAUCGAUGUCGGUCAGGUGGAAGGAGCUUUCGUGAUGGGAAUGGGAUAUUGGACUUCUGAGGAUUUGGUAUACGAUCCUGAAACAGGAUUAUUAACAAAUAACAGUUCAUGGAAAUAUGUACCACCAGGAGCAAAGGACAUUCCUGAAGAUUUCCGCGUGUACUUAAGCAAAAAUUCAAUUAACGAAAAUGUUGUCUACGGUUCAAAAAUAAUCGAUGAACCACCGCUUUGUUUGAGUUGUGUAAUUCCGAUAGCGAUUCGCAAAGCAUUGAAUUCUGCUAGAAGAGAUUCAGGAAAUAAGGAUCUGUGGUAUCAACUGAAUGGACCGUGUACCACCGAAAAUAUACUUCUAACUAGUUUAACCAGAAUGGAUGAUAUGUUGAUUACAAAUUAA